AUGGGAUUGAAAGCAAGUCUCCGGGCAGCAGGAAAGCGCUUAAAAGCACGAUUUUUCAAAAAGAAACACCACAAGACGUGGAUCAAUGCAGGAUUGACUCCUGAUGUUGUAAACAAUGAGAACACCAGCGGUGAAGACCCACAACAAUGCCCUGUCGACAAAGGGGUUUCAUUGGCGCUAAAGUUAAUUCAAGCUGGACAGUGCCCUUUCUGUGCCAAUCAACUGCACAAACGACGAGUCUUUGGUGGAUGGAAAGCACUGACGGUGGGUGGGUUGGCAAUGAAUGGGCAUUGUUUGCAAUGCUUUCCCAUUACUUCCUUUACGGAACGCAAAAAGCCUGGGACUCCAGAGACUGUCGAUUCGGAUUAUGCAAAUGUAUUUGAUGAACAGAAAAUGACGUUGAAGAUUGACGCCGAUCGGUUGUCACAUGUAUCCGAGUUGAGUGGUUCUUUCUAUUGUGACAUUAAGCAACUGACGUGA